AUGGUCAGCCCCAUCGUAGGUCUCGUUUCGCUGCUGGCCGCCUUCGGCCUCCAGCCGGCAGCGGCCCAGAACAACCAACCCAACCUGACCCAGGCACUGCAAUCUGCUAAUAGCUCACUGUCUACGCUGACUGGUCUGAUUGCCACGCAAAACGGCACACUCGAGCUGCUCAACAGCCUCACUGACAUCACCAUCCUCGCGCCGAACAAUGAUGCCCUCAAAACCUUUUUGGGCAACACGUCCGUGAGCGAUAUCAGUCCCGAGCAGAUUGGAGCGAUCCUCUCGUACCACGUGCUCAACGGCACCUACUACUCGGACAAUGUCACCGACACGCCGUCCUUCCUCCCAACACUGCUGAACGCCACGGAGUUCACCAACGUCACGGGCGGCCAGGUUGUCGAGGCUAUCAAGACCGACAACAAUGUCACCUUCUUGAGCGGUUUCAGGAAGCAGUCCAACGUAACCCAGGCGAACAUCACUUUCACUGGCGGUGUGAUCCACAUCAUUGACGAGGUCCUCACCAUCCCUCUGAACCUCAGCGCCACGGCCAUCGAGGCCAACCUCACCGCUGCUGCCGGUGCACUGACCGCGGCCAACCUGACCGAGCCUCUCGACCAGGCGACCAACAUCACCGUCUUUGCCCCUCUCAACCAGGGCUUUGCGGAUAUCGCAAACAUCCUGCAGAACAUCAGCAGCGAGGAUCUCGGCAACGUGCUCCAGUACCACGUCCUCGAGGGCGUGGUGGCUUACAGCACCGACUUCCAGAACGGCACUCUCGAGACCGCGGGUGGUGAGACGCUGAAUGUCACCGUGCUCGGCUCAGAUGUCUACGUCGAUUCCGCCAAGGUCGUCCAGCCCGACGUCCUCAUCGCCAACGGUGUUGUGCACGUCAUUGACCGGCUUGAAAACCCAUCUAGGCUUAAAAUCAAACUCCGUGCUAACCUCGAUGCAAAUAGUGUUCUGAACCCCAACGCCACGUCGGGCAACGACACCACCCCCAACACAUCAACCACCGCGCCCGCCUUCAGCGGCGCGAGCACCCUCUCCAAUGGCGCGAUCCCCUUCACGUCCGGCGUCCCCGCGCCGACCUCCACGCAGACCAACCUCGGCGGCGUCGCCAGCACCAGCAGCUCGGAGCAGGCUGGCGCCCGUGUCACGGCCAUGGUUGGUAUGGGAGCUCUCUUCGGAGGCGCUGCCAUUCUGGGCAACGGAUUUUAA